UAUAAAUCACAAUAUAAAUAAAUAAAUAAAAAUAAAUAAUAGUAGAAUACAAAAUUCUGCAAUAACAUUGGAGUAUUUUCCUUACUGGUAGUUUGAGGUGGUAGGAAAGCAAAGAACACUAUAGAACUCCCUCAUAGUGCUUUGUUUUUAUAGACCAGAGAUGCAAAAUGAGACAUCACAUAAGCAGUCACUGAGAUCACAUUUUUGUUUUGCAUGUCUGCUGUACAACUGAAUGUUUGUUAACUAUGAGCUGCUUUGAGUAGUAUGUGAUAAACGUUAUCUCUUGCCAAGUAAAUUCAGUCUUUGUUUUCCUUGCAUGGCACAUGGCCUUGCAUUAGGGAUUUGCAAGAAUGUUUGGGGUACCCUUGUUUGUGAUCUGGUUCCUCUCUCAAGUCUUCCAUCUUUCACAGGGCCACCAACCAGCCUUUUCCAGCCUCCCCGUCGCCCUGGUCUGGGAACAGUUGGGAAGCCAAUUCGUCUCUUAGCUAAUCAUUUCCAAGUGCAGAUCCCUAAAAUUGAUGUUUAUCAUUAUGAUGUGGAUAUCAAACCAGAAAAGCGUCCUCGAAGGGUGAACAGGGAAGUCGUGGAUACCAUGGUGAGGCACUUCAAGAUGCAGAUAUUUGGGGAUCGGCAGCCUGGCUAUGAUGGCAAAAGGAACAUGUACACUGCACAUCCUCUGCCUAUUGGCCGGGAUAGGGUGGAUAUGGAGGUCACACUCCCAGGUGAAGGGAAAGACCAAACUUUUAAAGUGUCUGUUCAGUGGGUGUCUGUGGUCAGCCUUCAGCUGCUCCUGGAAGCCCUGGCUGGUCAUCUGAAUGAAGUCCCAGAAGAUUCUGUACAAGCACUGGAUGUCAUCACCCGGCACCUUCCUUCAAUGAGGUACACCCCAGUGGGCCGUUCCUUCUUCUCUCCCCCUGAAGGAUACUAUCACCCCCUGGGAGGAGGUCGGGAGGUCUGGUUUGGCUUCCACCAGUCUGUCAGGCCUGCAAUGUGGAACAUGAUGCUCAACAUAGAUGUAUCAGCAACUGCUUUCUACCGUGCCCAGCCUAUUAUUGAAUUCAUGUGUGAGGUCCUGGAUAUUCAGAACAUCAAUGAACAAACAAAACCACUUACAGAUUCCCAGCGUGUAAAAUUUACCAAAGAAAUCAGAGGUCUGAAAGUAGAGGUUACUCACUGUGGUCAGAUGAAGAGAAAAUACAGAGUUUGCAAUGUUACUAGGCGGCCAGCCAGCCAUCAGACGUUUCCUCUGCAGCUGGAAAAUGGGCAGGCUAUGGAGUGUACAGUAGCUCAGUAUUUUAAACAGAAGUACAGUCUGCAGCUGAAAUACCCUCAUCUUCCAUGCCUACAAGUAGGGCAGGAGCAGAAACAUACAUAUUUACCCCUUGAGGUAUGUAACAUAGUAGCUGGCCAGCGUUGUAUCAAGAAGCUUACAGACAAUCAGACAUCAACCAUGAUCAAAGCAACAGCACGGUCUGCACCUGAUAGGCAAGAAGAAAUUAGUAGGCUAGUGAAGAGUAACAGCAUGGUAGGUGGCCCUGAUCCAUAUCUGAAGGAGUUUGGUAUUGUCGUCCAUAAUGAAAUGACAGAGCUGACGGGCAGGGUCUUACCUGCACCAAUGUUGCAGUAUGGAGGCAGGAACAAGACUGUUGCCACUCCAAAUCAGGGUGUCUGGGAUAUGAGAGGAAAGCAAUUCUAUGCUGGCAUUGAAAUUAAAGUUUGGGCUGUUGCCUGCUUUGCUCCUCAGAAGCAAUGCCGGGAAGACUUGUUGAAGAGUUUUACUGAUCAGCUGCGCAAAAUCUCCAAGGACGCAGGGAUGCCAAUCCAAGGCCAGCCGUGCUUCUGUAAAUAUGCCCAGGGUGCAGACAGUGUGGAGCCCAUGUUCAAGCACUUGAAACUGACCUACGUUGGACUGCAGCUCAUUGUAGUGAUUCUUCCUGGAAAGACACCAGUCUAUGCUGAGGUUAAACGUGUUGGGGACACUCUUCUUGGCAUGGCUACCCAGUGUGUUCAGGUGAAAAAUGUGGUAAAAACCUCUCCACAGACUCUGUCCAACCUCUGUCUGAAGAUCAAUGCGAAACUUGGCGGGAUAAACAAUGUGCUUGUACCACAUCAGAGGCCCUCCGUAUUCCAGCAGCCAGUGAUCUUUCUUGGAGCAGAUGUCACUCACCCACCUGCUGGGGAUGGGAAAAAGCCUUCCAUCGCUGCUGUAGUAGGCAGCAUGGAUGGUCACCCGAGCCGCUACUGUGCGACAGUGCGCGUGCAGACGUCCCGCCAGGAAACCUCCCAGGAGCUGCUGUACAGUCAGGAAGUGAUCCAGGAUCUGACCAACAUGGUGCGAGAGCUGCUGAUCCAGUUUUAUAAGUCUACCCGCUUCAAACCCACGCGAAUCAUCUACUAUAGGGGAGGUGUGUCAGAAGGGCAGAUGAAACAGGUAGCUUGGCCAGAACUAAUUGCAAUUCGGAAGGCCUGCAUCAGCUUGGAAGAAGACUACAGACCAGGAAUUACCUACAUUGUUGUGCAGAAAAGACAUCAUACAAGACUCUUCUGUGCUGACAAAACUGAGAGGGUGGGGAAAAGUGGCAAUGUUCCAGCAGGCACGACUGUGGACAGCACUAUCACACAUCCCUCUGAAUUCGACUUUUACCUCUGUAGCCAUGCAGGAAUUCAGGGAACCAGCCGCCCUUCUCACUAUCAAGUCUUGUGGGAUGACAACUGUUUCACUGCAGAUGAAUUGCAGCUGCUGACAUACCAGUUGUGCCACACUUAUGUUCGGUGUACUCGGUCUGUCUCAAUUCCUGCUCCAGCAUACUAUGCCAGGCUGGUAGCAUUUAGGGCAAGAUACCAUCUUGUGGACAAAGAUCACGACAGUGCUGAAGGCAGCCAUGUUUCUGGACAGAGCAACGGCCGAGACCCUCAAGCACUAGCCAAGGCAGUGCAGAUUCACCAUGACACGCAGCACACCAUGUAUUUCGCCUGAUGAGAAUGCGAGAUGAUGAGGCAGAAGCACCAGCCCACUUGGGCAUGCCACCAACCACUGGUUGCUAGGGCUCAGUUUUAUUUCAGGCUGCUCACCACCAGCAGCUUGGGGCAGUUGCACUGAAUCAACGUUUGCAGCAACAUCUGAUACAGACAUAAUUGAGCCAUUUUUAUUUUGUGAUUUUCCGUCAAUAGAAAUUUCAUAGACAGUCUUUGCAUUGGACUGAAUUUUUACCUCAAAACGCAAAAGGCUGAUCCUCCUAGAAUAAAUUUUUAAAGGACUUGGCACGAAAGGUUUUUAUUGAAAUAUUUUGCUAACCAGUUUUAAGUUACCUCCGCAUCCCCAUUAAGCUUAUCAAGAAGCUGAAUUCCUCCUGGGCUUCUUCAUACUGCUUAGUGAGUAUCCAGAUAUGGCAAAACAUCAUAUUCCACGUUCUUCUGUGUGGGGCCAUAUAGACUUUAUAAACAGAACUUUUACCUGUAAACGCCUUUCAACAAGCAUUAACUUUCAGAGGUAUCGCUGGAUUAUUAUUAUUAUUAUUAUUAUUAUUAAUAUUAUUAUUAUUGCUUUGUCAGGUUUUCCUAGUUCUCUUUUUGUAAAUCUCUCUGCAGUCAUGGGCUGCAAAGCAUUUGCACUAUAACUGCGAAUUCAACUUGGUGGUUCUUGUUCUGUGAAUGUGUAACAUAAGCAGAUAGCAAUGCCCAUUGGCAGGUUUACUAUAAUGAAAUCAUAAUGGUUACACACAACUGCCACUGCAUAGUUCAGAAUGCUGAACUGCUUCCCCCUCUAAAGUAUGUGGCAAAGUUCUAAAAUAUUAGUUUUAGGUAUUUUUCAGACAUUACAAAAGUGCCCAUUUUAUGCUGCUGUGUUUGAUGAAUUGAAGUCAUUUUUAAUACUCUUUUUCAUAGAAGGUUUUAACUUUGGCAAUAAUUUUUUUUUAAAUACACUGGCAGUGACUUUUCUAGUUGAAUACUUUACAUGAGUUACAGCCAGCAUUCUGUGUAAAUUGACUUAUCUUUGCUGAAGAGAAAAUUAGUUCUUAAAAAGGAUCAGAAAAGGCUCCCUUCAUGCUUUUUACAAAUGGUUAUUUUUAACUGUUUUAUAUUCACCAUUGGUCUGUCUACCCCUUUUUAUAAGCUUGGAAAGUGGGUGUUCUAUAUAGGAAAGGCUUUGCCAAUAUGUACAGUUGUGUAUAGUGUGACAGUAGCAAUUGAAGACUUUUACCAGCAUUUAAAAACAUGGUUUUUCUGAGAAUUUAGAUUGCCGCAUGUACAGCAACACUCAGUAGCAUGUGUGAUGUGUACAUUUUAAUGUCGCUUUUGACCCAUUUCUAUAAAUUAGGACUCCUAUUUGCUUGGCUCUUGUCCACUAAAAUGUGUAAUGCAAAAAGCUGGGGGGGGGGACCUGCAGUAGUGUUGCAUUGAGACUAGCUUGUGAGUGUUAGCACAAGAUGCUUUAAAUUCCUAGUUUUUAACUGAGAUGAUGCCACUGUGAAAGAUUGGGAUUUUGCCAAUAAUUGCACUCUAGUCUCCAAAAUGAGCAGGUGAGGUUGCAGAAUUGUGUGACCUUGAGAUCUUUUAGAUCCAAACCUCAAGGUCAGCAAUAUGCUAUGCGGUUUCUAUUUUUCUUCAGUCUUUUGAAAUAAAGCUUGUAGUCUUGGAAAGUUUGUAUUUCCCAAUAAGGUACUGGGUUACCACUGUACUGGCAUAUACUGGUACAGUGUUAAUCUUCAAGGAGCAGUUUCAUAAGCUCCUUCCGGAGCUAUAUAUUGAAAAGGGUGGGCUUACAAAGUUUUCCCUUCCCUGCUCAGAAAUAGGAGUGAAGCAAACUCUGCUGUGACACAGUGUGAAAAGGCUUAGAUUUUUAAAAACUUGUUCAAGUCUUUCUUUUUUCCUUUAGGAAUACCUCACUUGGGUAAUAAAUAAUCAGGAUAUGUGGGGAGGGAGAGUGACCGCUGCUUCAGUUAGUCUGCUGCUUUUCUUUUCUUUUAAUACUUGUUCAGGGAGAAAAUGCAAGAAUCGAACUCGGCUGGCCCAAACAUAUGGAGAACCGAGGCACCUUGAAGAGAGUUUAAGCACCUGUUUAGUGUGUAGCAUUUUUUAUUGCACUAGGUAAGGACAUGGCUUGAGAGCGAGGAAGGUACAUAAAGAAGCAAAAUGCAUGCUUUAUCAUCAAGUAAGCAUGUAGCUGUCCUAGCACCAAGCACUCCUAGUGCAUAUGGAGCCAGAGAGACACCCUUAUUUGCUUGUCUGUAGUUAAGACCAACCGUUGUGAACAUUGGUCAGAUGACACAAGCACGAGUUUUAGAGCUUAUGUUUACCAUUGGCCAUUCUUCCUCAGCAACAGCAGCUUAUGUUCUCACAUGUGGAUCAGGACUACCUGUUCACGAGCAGAGUGGUUUAGCCCCUCCCAUGCCAUUUUCCCUUCACAAGGAGCACAAAGCGCCACCAAAAUUCGACACGAAGCAAAACUGGCUUCUCAUUUCUGCUCCAGCAUAGCUGCAUUUCACAAGGCGAGAGAGUGACCAGUUGUAAACACGCUUUUAAAAGUGCAUGCUUAACAUAACCAUAGAUUGGCCGAAACUGGUGCAGACAGGAAUCUUAGCAAGCCCUAGAAGGGCUUUUCUGGCUACUUCAUUGCAAACCAAGGCCUGGGCUGGAUGAAAAAGGCCUUUUAUCAUAGGGAAAAAACUGUUCUGAUCGUUAUAUUUUUCUUGUGUAUUACAGACUGCAGCUAUCUUCUAAAGUCUUCUGUAUUUAAAUAUAUAUAUAUAUAUCUAUAUAUAUAAGCAGGAUUCUUUUUAAUGCAUUAUUGUUGCAGUGAAUUUUAUCAUCCAAAAAUGUCUAUGGAAAGAAACUUUUUGCCAACUUUUGCACUUUCUUGGAUUUUUUUUUUUUUUUU